AUGACGACUGACCACGCAGAACAUGGGUCGAGAGGCUCUACAGGCGUCAUUGUGGCUAUUGUCUCAACUUCUAUCGCUUUUGUUGUACUCACCUUGAGAAUGUUCACGAGAGGUUUAAUUGUACGCAACAUUGGAGCCGAGGACUAUGUUGUGCUCGUUGCUUUUGCACUAUCUGUCGCCCUCACAGCUCUCAUCUGUGUCGAAGUGCAGCACGGGCAAGGUCGACAUUAUUCAACUGUGUCACCACAAGAAUUGAGAGAACUAAACAAGGCAUUCUGGGCCAGUGUCCCUGUUUACCAAGCCAGCUUGUGCUUGACCAAGAUCUCCAUUCUGCUUCAGUAUCGACGUGUCUUCGUCGGCUCUGGUAUUCAGCGCGUCAUCACUGGUUCUAUUGGUGUCAUCAUUGUCUAUGGAUUGUGGUCUGUAUUCAGCACGGCAUUCAUGUGUACACCAGUGGCCUACUUCUGGGAUCGCAGCAUCGGCGGCCAUUGUCUAAGCCGUCUGGGGGUGUGGUUCGCCAAUGCGUCCAUCAAUAUCAUUACCGAUGUAGUGAUAUGCUUGAUGCCCGUUCCUGUUCUUAACCGGCUCAAGCUUCCACGCAAGCAGAGAUAUGCACUCAUUGCUGUGUUCUGCUUGGGACUCUUUGUCUGCUUGACAUCUAUCCUUCGAUUAAAAGCACUCUACGACAUCUCCGUCUCCACCGACAUCACCUGGGACAAUACUCCUGCAGCAUACUGGUCCUCAUUGGAAUGUAACUUUUCUAUCGUUGCUGCCUGCCUACCUAUGCUUCGCAAAACGAUUACACGCUUCUUCCCUCGCAUCUUUUCCUCCAGCUCAAAUCCGGACUCCAACCACCGAUACCUUCCUUCUCGCAAAACAAAGUCGCGUACAAACAACGACACAAGUGGCUUCGCCAAGUUCGCCAUUACAUCACACGCUGCCAAAGCAGACUGGGUACAAGGUCUAGAAACCCAGAAUGGCACAGCCCGAGGACUAUCACACAAGAUCGAGAUGGACACCAUCAAGAACAAGACGCGACUCAGCGAUGAGAGCGAAAACGGCAUGACGCUUAUAGAUGACGAGCCCGAGGACGGACGCAUCAGAGUCAUGACUACCAUCGUCACACACGAGUUAACUCCCACGGAGUCCGAGAUAGACAUGUCGGUGGUGGACCCAAGUUCAUCUGCUUCAAGUCCCAAGGAGAGACAUCUCGUAUGA